GCCGCAUAUCUCAGAUUGACCCCAAAUCGGUUGACAUUCUAUAAUCGGAUAUUAUUCCCUAAUCUGGAUUUCAAGGUGCACGAUUACGCGGUUUGUCUUGGGUUGCCGGAUUUACAGCUCACCUUUGUCACUGCGUAUAUAAACAUCCUCCUGUCCUCCCAUCAUGUCCGUGUAUCCUCACCCCUUAACCUGUACGAUAUCAAGUCGCUCACGUACACGGCUUAACCUUGGGAUAUACUAUACAAUCCUCCAAAUCGCCUUUCGACCCUUGAUUUUUUUUCGGUGACGGCCCGCCGUGCUUCUAAUUUUCAAGCAGCCCGCCUUCCCUGCCCGUAAACUAAAUCUGGCUAUAGUCCACCCGACCCGAAUAACAACAUCUCGCGUACAACCCAAUUUGAUCCAACAUCAACCAUGGCAUCCUAUGAAUCUGCAUCCACAUCACGCAGUGUAGCGUCUCCACCAAUCGAAAGACAUCGUCUCAGACGUAAACGUUCUCCUUCCCCAUCCUCACAACACUUUAGUGUAAACCCGUUUGCUGCACAUCGCACAUAUUCGCCCUCAACCCGAGCUUCUGACAUCGCACGCCUCCUUGACCCAUCAUAUGCAUCACCGUCUCAUCAAACAGCUUUCAAGGCAUUAGGCUCACGAACUGCUAUCAAAGAGGUCUAUGUUGAUCACCACGGCGACCUCCAUGAUCCUGAUUUCCGCGACUUCCCCACUUUUGGCCAUGCGCACUCAAAACCUAGUUUGGAGCGGCCAUAUCCAGACGAGAGUGAUGCAGAGGAAGAUGAGGAAGUCUACCAGAGACGUGCAUCUAUCGAGAAGCAACAGAGGAGACCAUCCACUACUGCUUACUACGCCUCCCCUGCUUACUACCCCUACGACGAGCCCUCGUCGUAUGAGUCGAGAAAUUUGGCUGAAGUUGAAGAUGAAGAUGAGCAGCUAGAUCAUCAAGAACACGCGCCUCUCAAGGAGAAGUGCUUCACUACGCGAUCAAAGUCUCCCCAGAAACAUUCUCAGACAGAGAAGGAGAUGUAUCCCGAGAACUCUCACAUCGAGGCGCCUCAGCCUCUUGCAGGUGACAGCGACUGGACACCUACUUGUGGACACACCAUUCGUCGUCAGUGGCACGCCUUCACACUGAGCCUACGCUUUAGUCUAUUUCGGACUAAGCGUAGAAUUCAGCGGAGAAUGUCUGGCUAAAUGCUCCACUCCACUCAACGUCAUCACAGCAUCACGCCAGUCAAUGUAUAUGCUUUCCUCCUUUUGAGCGCAUGUCGCCAAGGCAUACCCCAAUACCCAAUGGGACACGUCGUGCAUAGCACCUGUCCACGCGCACAUAUUAUUCUUUAGCUCAACGUCGCAUUUCUCAACUUCGCAUUUCAGCGGCGCUUUCUUGUAAGCGCGACCCGAUUCGCGCAAA